GCCGCGGUGACCACGUCCGUGACCACCACCCGGCCGCAGCCGGGCAUGGAGUGCUGCGCGUACAGACCUGCCGAGGACAUCGCGGGCGACCAGAUAGUCCCGGGCGGCGGCCGUUGGGGUACUCCACACGCCGCCGGCCUCAUAGACUCCUGGUUUCAGAUGCAGACAUCUGAUCUUGAGUCGCUGCUCUGCAAGCAAGAGGGCGCAUCAAUCGCGCCCGCCCCCAUGGAGCUGUUCGACGGCGGGACUACCUCACGCGACGAUGCCUUCCUCCGCCCAGCCCUCUGGGAGGACAUCGCCUCCUCCAUCCGCAACAUCGACCCCGAGAACGCCAACAUGCUGGCUCCCCUCGGCGCCACUCACGUCAAACUCGAAGCGGACGAUCCCCUGCUCGAGGAAUGCGCUACACCUCUACUCAGCCCGCUCGAGAUCAAGACGGAGAGGCUCUGCGCGCCCCCGACGUACGCGCACCCUCAACCGCCACCCCAACCACAGCCCGCGGCCACCUACUCCAAGUACCCGCAGUCCAGGCUAGUCUACAUGUCGCCGCUCACACCCCCCGGAUCUGAUCAGGGUAGCCCAGGAAACUCCAUGCAGUGCGGGCCUAGACGGACGCCGCCGCCGCCGUACCAUCCACCGCCGUUGCUGCGGGCUCCGCACAUGCAGCCGCAUCCGUUGCCACAGACGCACCAUCCGCAGGCGAUGCCGCCGAUGCAGAUGGCGCCGCAGGCUAGUGUGGUGCCGCCGACGACGCACGCGCGCCUCGCUCCGCCCUCCGUCAAGUACAACAGACGCAACAACCCCGAACUAGAGAAACGGAGGGUACAUCACUGCGACUUUAUAGGCUGUACAAAAGUUUAUACCAAAAGUUCACACCUGAAAGCUCACCAGCGGAUACAUACAGGAGAGAAGCCCUACACCUGCCAGUGGCCGGAGUGCGAGUGGCGGUUUGCGAGGUCUGACGAGCUGACGCGGCACUAUCGGAAGCACACCGGAGCCAAGCCGUUCAAGUGCGCGGUCUGCGAGCGGUCCUUCGCGCGGUCUGACCAUCUCGCGCUCCACAAUAAGCGCCAUCAGCCCAAAACGUCCAAAUGACACCCAAGACGAGGCGGGGAACAAACUCCCGCGCCUCAGAACACUCAGGAAGAUUGUGGGGAGAACUUCUUUCUAGAGUGCGACUUGGAGACCAGUUUGAUGGACACUUUCUACAGCGUACUGUGAGAUCGCUGCUCAAACACCAGCUCACGGGUCCACGACGCAGACAGACACGUGGACCUACACCUUCUAUGUAAAAUACGACUUUUAUAUUUAAGUUGAGGCCUGGUAGCGUAUUCGGUUGCGGCGUUAAGUAUCU